CGGGACAAAGAGAGUUAAAAGCUGUGUGGGCUGCGGUUGGUCCCGGGCACACAGGCAGGAGCAGGGGGCAGGCGGGCUGGCAUGACUGGCAUCCAAAGAGCCUGGGGGGCAGCCGGCGGGUCUGGCAGAUGAGAGGACCUGCAGACAGGUGGACAGGUGGCUAGUAGAGGGACAGACAGGCUGACGGAGCCACAUGGAGGACCCUGCAGGUGGAGCAGCAAGAAUUUGGAGGUGGUCCACCAUGGAGCUCAGCUUCUUUUUGUUCCUGUGUUUCAUUGGGCUCAGCCACCAGGACACAGAGAAGGUCUUUAACGGCACCGAGUGUGCGCCCCACUCACAGCCCUGGCAGGUGGGGCUGUUUGAGGGCACCAACCUGCGCUGUGGAGGUGUCCUCAUCGACCGGCGCUGGGUUCUCACAGCUGCCCACUGCUCCGGCAGGUACUGGGUGCGCCUGGGGGAACACAGCCUGAGUCGACUCGACUGGACAGAGAAGAUCCGGCUCAGCGGCUUCUCCAUCACCCAUCCUGGCUACCAGGGGAGCCAGCAGAAUUACAAUCACGACCUCCGGCUUCUGAAACUGGCCAUCCCUAUCAUCCCAACCCGCAGCGUCCGGCCCCUGGCCCUGCCCCGUAGCUGUGUCCCUGCUGGCACUGAGUGCCACAUCUCAGGCUGGGGGACCACCAACCGACCCUGGAGCCCAUACCCAGAUCUGCUCCAAUGUCUCAACCUCUCCAUAGUCCCCACUGCCUCCUGCCAGGCGGUGUACCCCGGGAGAAUCACUGACAACAUGCUGUGUGCGGGCGGCAAGGCAGGUGCAGAUGCAUGCCAGGGUGACUCUGGGGGACCCCUGGUGUGCGGAGGGGUCCUCCAGGGGCUGGUGUCCUGGGGCUCUGUGGACCCCUGCGGCCAGCCAGGCAUCCCUGGGGUCUACACCAAAGUCUGCAAAUACACGGACUGGAUCCAGAAAAUGAUGGGGACCUACUGACCAGGCCCCUCCACCGCCACCCUCAGCCUGGGGUCCACUGGGACCAUAGGAGCAACAGCCCCCGACAUCUUCAUCAACUCCCUCCACCACCACCACCACCAGCAGCAGCAGCUGCUGGUCUUUCUCUUCGGGCUCUGGGAUCUGCUAGAACUCUCUAGGAAGUCCUUCUCAGAUCCAUGGUUGGAAGAGGAGGAAGCGCACGGCCCUUCUGGAAUCAAUAUGACAGGAAGAGGACCAAGCCUGUUUAAUGCCCCCCCACACUGGACAAGACUGGAGAGUAGGCACCUCUGUCCCCCAAACUCCAGAUGUAGAAUUAGAGAUGGGACUGGUCCGGACCAUGAUGCACUAGGUUUGCCUGCUUGAGGUUCUGAGAGCCAGCCCUGAGGACAUCAAAUACACCAGGAUGAUGCUCUGGUUCUCUCUGUCUGUUUCUCACUAAUAAAUUAAUCUUAAAAAAAAAUAGAAAUGGGAAAGAAUGGGUUCCCCCUCAGGGGUCACACAGGAGAAGUAACUUUCUUCCAACCAGGAAAACAGAAGCAGAGCCCAGAACUUGUAAUCUGUUCAAGAGCCGUGGAAGAUACCGGAGGGGGUGAGGUGGGGAGUGUAACUGCUUUCAAAACGCCAUGGGAAACUGAAAUGCAGAUUCACGGCCAUUUAAUUAAGGGCCUAUAAAACCUAGCAGUCUUCCAAGGGACUAAUAGCACACUGGCUUGGCUGA